ACGAGUCGACGCGAAGAUGCCGCCGCAGGAGGACGAACGGCGAUUCUGCGAGACGUCGAGGGGCCGGGCGCGGGCUGCGGGCGCCGCCUAUGCGAUGGUGACGACGCACGCCGAGGCGCUCGCUGCACUGCUGGCCGUCUGCCUCUUCACCGUCGUCGUCGUCGUCGUCGCCAUCGGCAUCGGCGCGCUCGCGCUCGCACCUGCCACUCGCGCACACGACUCGCGUCGGUGCGACGAGCAGUCGGCGCCCAUCAGCGUGUACUUCGUCAAGCACGAGCAGCGGCGCUGGACCAUGGACGAGCUGUGCUGCAUCGAGAUCGCCGCCAGGAAACACUCGCAGCUUGACAUCGCGAUGGUCAAUGUGAAGGGGAGCAGCGGGGCUGUCGCCGAGGAGCCCCUCGGCAAGGAAAUCACGUCGACGGCCAACAAGGCGGACGUAAGGUCGAGACUGCUGGAAAUGGCGAACGUUCGAAGCGUCGAGCUCGACGUGGCCAAGCUGUUCGAGAGGUCGGUGCUGUCGAGAAGGUUGAGCGGGAACUCGACGAGCGAGCAGAUCGAGCUGGCAGCCAAGUUUCAAGUUAUCUGGGAUUCCUCGGGAAUAUCGCUGGAGCCGCGAGAUGUCGUUCAGCUCGAGAGCGCGCUGCACUUCCUCGACGACCAGGCGGAGGCGACGGCGACGAUCCAGCUGGACGAGGACCUUCAGGCGGCGAGCGUGCCGUGCCAGUCGUUCAUCGGCUCGGUCAUCGCAGAGAUGGCCCGGGAUUUCGCGGAUCGGCGAACGCUCGUCGGUCGCGCGCUCGCCAACUUCUGCCCGAGCUCGUCCCGUUGCGCCGGCGUCAGGAUCGCCGCGGCGAGGGCAACGGAAGCCGCCGACCGGGCGCAGUGCCCCAUCGUCGAUUCCUGUUCCGCCGACGGCGACUGAUGCGCAACGCGAAAGCAACUUUUUGUACUCACC